GAGGCCAGAAACAAAGAGAUGGAGGAGAUAAAAGAUGAGAAAAACAAAGCUGCUGUUUCUUUGUCUAUCUGGCCUAUCUUGUCGUCUGGUUCCAACAAACUGAAGGAGGAGAACAGCUGCAGCUCAGUCACUCUGGAGACGUCAGGAGACAUCAUUGCUGUCAUUAAUGACAAAUACAACUGUAUCUGUCUGAAUAACGAGUCUGAUCAGGACAAACCACUGGGAGGACGUCAGUUAAAAGUCCAGAUCAACAAUAGUGAACCCAUCACAUACACAUUUGAUCCAUCAGUGAAACUCAAGGCUGGAAACCCUGUUACUUUAUACCAUCCAGACAAUGACCAGCGUUAUGCUUUCCCUCGUGACCUGAUGUGGAAGGACUUGAAGCCCUGGAAGUCUGGAGCCAGAGUCCAGGUCUCUCUGCAGUGACAUAGUUCCCAGUUGAACUCCUUCAAUAAAGUUCAGUAAUCCAGCAAACAGCAACAUUAUAGAUGAGAAACAGCACGACUCAGAUCUUCCUGCAGAAACC